AUGCUCAAUGCUAUAAAAGGAUUAGUUAAUAACCUUUCACCAGAAGAUAAGAAAGGUAUGCUUGAUAUGUUUGGGAUCAAAAUGCCUAAGAAAGCUAAAGACAUUACCAAUAAAUUAGCUCUGGCAAUUAAGAAUCAAGGAGGUACAGGAAGUGUAGCAGAUAUUUUCAAGAAUGCUAAGAGCUUCUAUGAUGACUACAAUGGUAUCAUGAAUGUUCCAGCUUCAAAUUCCCCAGUUGCUUUAGAUCACGAUCAGAGAUCUCAUAAUAGAGCGUUAAUGGAGAUGCAACCAAUAUACUCAGACCCUCCACCAAAGAUUGAUGAGAGCGAAUUAGCAUACAAAGAAAUACAGAAUGCCUUUUACGUUGUUAAGAACAUUAAUGGUCAAAAACUUCCUGAUGAGAAAUGGUUAGACCCAAUAACUAAAGCAGGAGAAAGAUUCAUUAUGUUUAACAUUGACCAAUACAGUCCAAGAGGAAAAGAUUACUUCAACAAGAUGUUUCCAAGAGUUAUGGCAAAGUUCAUUGGACAGAUAGACCUUUUCAAACAGAAGUGGACAUUCUAUUACGACUUUGAUGAGAAGAGAAACAUUUUGCGUCAUUUGAACAUCAAUACAAUGGGAUCAUUAGUUCAUCAGUUACUUAAUGAAGCUCCAAUAGCAGAAGUACAAGAAUUAGCAUCUAAAGUCCUUGAAUCAAACUAUGACUUCUUCCUUUGUAGUAUUCCUUCGUUAAGGAAGAUCGAGAUCUUUGACUAUACAGCUUAUUCAGAUGUUGAUGCUUCUGCUUUGAGAAAAGGAACGUACACACCAUAUAAACUCACAGCUGAAGAACAAGUUAUGUUAGAUACGAUGAGAGCAGCAGGUCAAGAAAAGAUCGCACUCAAGAUCAUCAAACAAAACCAUUCAAAGAAGAGAAACAGGUCACGUAAUGGUCAGCUUUGGACAUGGACAUGCAAAUUACCUAUUAACUUAGAGAGGUAUCAGAUCUUCAACGAACUUAAUGCAGAGACAGCAAAGAAGAUGAUGAAAGAUUCAUGUUUCAUCUACGCUUGUAUUCAAGCUGGUGUUGACGAAGCAACAAUUAAUCAUAUGAGGGAAAUCAUUCGUGUCAAAGAUUUUCCAAUGUCAAAGAUUAAGGUUAUUGCCAAAGAAACAGGAAUAAGGUUCCAUGUCAUCAAAUACAACGAGAAGUAUUCAAAUCAUUCAUAUACUUAUGAACCAGAUGAAGAACCAAAGAUGACAGUAGAACUUUUAUUAAUGUAUGACCACUACAUGUUGAACGAAAAGCUUCCAAUAAGUUCAAUGUUCAUCAAGAACUAUGAAGAUGUUUGUAAGUUGUGCAAGGAUUGGACUUUAGAGAAGAAGAUGUUAGUUAACAGAAGAUAUGAAACAAGGUAUGCAAUUAACUCAAAGUUAGUUACACCACUUGCAAAAGUCAUUGAACUCUUGUUUGCUAACAAUUAUUUCGAACCAAUUAGAACAGGAGAACUUUGCACAUACUUCACAACGAUGUAUAAUGAGAACCUUGAAGAAAUGAUUGACCUCACAUACAAUGAGCGUUAUUGCGCAAGGAUGAAGAAAGAUUGGAGUUCAGAGACGAAGAAAGACAUGAAGUUCCCAAGAGAACAUGUUUUCUUUGCUGACUUCGAAGCAUCAACUGAUGGAAACAUUCACAAAGCAUACAACAUUUGUUUCAUGGAAGAUGACGAUGAUGGUUAUACAUCAAUUUGGGGAAGUGACUGUGCGUCAAAAUUCCUCGAAGCUUUACCAGAUAAGAGUUUAGUUUAUUUCCACAACUUAUCGUACGAUGUCACUUUUCUCAUGUCUCAGUUAGAAGAGAUUACAGGAACUCCAAUCAUCAAAGGUUCACAAACGAUGCAGAUACAAGGAAAGUACAAAGGAAAACUUCUCUGCUUCAAAGACUCUUAUGCAAUCAUCUCAACUAAGUUGGAAAGAUUCCCUGAAAUGUUUCACCUCACUAGUGGUGAAAAAGAAGUUUUCCCAUAUAAUUACUACACGGAAGAGUUAGUUAAUACAACUAAAGUUGGUAACAUCGAUGAUGCCAUGAAUCAUGUCAAAGAUAUUGAAGCUUUUAAUGAGAACAUUGAGAAGAUUGAAGAUUGCAAGAUUGA